CGCGGGCUGAGCGGCUGGGAAGGAAGCAGCUGUCUCGGGCGCGAGCUUCUGUGGCGUCCGGGCCCAGCGCGCAGCGGGUUGGUGCUUAGACCCGACGGCGGCGGCGGCUCCCUCCACGUGGGUUCUCUGGCGACAUGGAGCUGGAGGAGUCGGGGAUCCGAGAGGAAUGCGGCGUGUUCGGGUGCAUCAGCUCGGGAGAGUGGCCCACGCAGUUAGAUGUGCCGCAUGUGAUCGCUCUGGGACUCGUGGGGCUGCAGCACCGGGGUCAGGAGAGUGCUGGUAUUGUCGUCAGUGAUGGGAAUUCAGUACCGACAUACAGAACACACAAGGGAAUGGGUCUUAUAAAUCAUGUCUUUACUGAAGAUAAUUUGAAGAAAUUAUAUCCUUCAAAUCUUGGAAUUGGACAUACGAGGUAUGCCACCACAGGAAACUCUGAAUUAGAAAACUGUCAGCCCUUUGUUGUUGAAACACUUCAUGGGAAAAUAGCUGUGGCACAUAAUGGCGAAUUGGUCAACGCUGCUCGAUUAAGGAAAAAGCUCCUGCGCCAUGGUAUUGGUCUGUCAACAAGUUCUGAUAGUGAAAUGAUUACCCAGUUACUGGCAUAUACCCCUCCUCAGGAACAAGAUGAUACUCCAGACUGGGUAGCAAGGAUUAAAAACUUAAUGAAGGAAGCGCCCACAGCAUACUCCCUACUUAUAAUGCACAGAGAUGUCAUUUAUGCAGUACGAGAUCCUUAUGGAAAUCGCCCUCUCUGCAUUGGUCGACUUAUUCCUGUAUCUGAUUUGAAAAAUAAAGAGAAAAAAUCUUUAGAAUCGGAAGGAUGGGUGGUGUCUUCAGAAUCUUGUAGUUUUUUAUCUAUUGGUGCAAGAUAUUACCGUGAAAUCUUGCCUGGAGAAAUAGUGGAAAUAUCCAGAGACAAUGUCCAAACUCUUGAUAUUAUACCAAGGUCUGAAGGAAACCCAAUGGCUUUUUGUAUCUUCGAAUAUGUUUAUUUUGCAAGACCAGAUAGCAUAUUUGAGGACCAAAUGGUUUACACAGUAAGAUACCGUUGUGGUCAGCAGCUGGCAAUUGAAGCACCUGUGGAUGCAGAUUUGGUUAGCACUGUCCCGGAAUCUGCUACGCCCGCUGCUCUUGGUUAUGCUGGAAAGUGUGGGCUUCCAUAUGUGGAGGUACUAUGUAAAAAUCGGUAUGUAGGAAGAACCUUCAUUCAGCCAAACAUGAGGCUAAGACAACUUGGUGUUGCAAAAAAAUUUGGAGUAUUGUCGGACAACUUUAAGGGCAAAAGAAUUGUUCUUAUAGAUGAUUCAAUUGUGAGAGGCAAUACCAUCUCACCCAUAAUCAAAUUGCUGAAAGAAUCUGGUGCAAAAGAGAUACACGUUCGAGUAGCUUCACCACCAAUUAAAUAUCCAUGCUUCAUGGGAAUAAACAUACCAACCAAAGAAGAGCUUAUUGCUAAUAAACCAGAAUUUGAACACCUUGCUGAAUAUCUAGGAGCAAACAGUGUUGUAUAUCUGUCAGUAGAAGGACUGGUUUCAUCAGUACAAGAAGGAAUAACAUUUAAAAAACAGAAAGUGAAAAAGCAAGAUAUUAUGAUUCAAGAAAAUGGGAACGGUCUGGAAUGCUUCGAAAAAAAUGGUCAUUGUACAGCGUGUCUCACUGGAAAAUACCCUGUGGAACUGGAUUGGUAGCUGGUAGGGGUAGAUACAAUGUUUCAAGAUAUAAAGUUGGUUAAAAUGUUACAGUGGUUACACUUUAUCCAUUUAGUGUUCCUCAGCUGGUACAAUGUAAAUGCCACAUGGUUACGUGUAAGUUUUUGAGAUGUUUUAUUUUUUCUGAAAAGGGUACCAAAGUGCUCUCUCUUUAAUAAGCCUAGAUAAAUAUUGUGGUGUUAUCUAGGAACUUGGCUAAUCCUUUCAGUUUUACUUAAUUGUUUAGUACUUAGAGGCUAUCAGUUAUGAGAUUGUCAACAGUAAUGUAAAGGAUGGGUAAAUUUUCUGUUUUAGAGGGCAUUUCCAGGUACUAUACCUUACCACAGGUUGUUAAUAGAGUUUUGUGGAAUGUUUCUUGAGAGUUACCAAAGUUCAUUGUGGAAUAUUUUCAUAAUUGAACCUUGCUAGUUGCAUAUAAUGCAACAAUGUUGGUAUUCUUUUUUUAACACAAGCAUCAGCUAGCCAUUUUCACCUGGUCAGAGAAGGCAGCUGGUAAGAGGCAUUUGCCAGAUCCAUGCUUCAAAGAGUUUGCAAGCAGUUAGACUAAGAUGGUGUGAUACAAACAGGACAAGUAAGUUAAAUAUAACGCUUCAUGCAAAUUUCUCAUCUGUUAUAGCCCAACGGUGUCAAGCCUCUAGAGUUCUGAUUAUAGUUAUGACCUUGGCUUCCUUGUCUAACUUUAGACAAAAAUAUUUUUAAUGCUUUUUUGUGCCUCACUUUCCCCAACCUGUGCAAUGGGGUACUGGCAUUACUAAAUUAAAUAAUUAAUAGGAAUGUGGAUGUGUCAUAUUCUUGGUGGGCUGAGCCAUCAUUUCACACCUGUAUUUAAGAUAUUGCAUGAUUAUUAUUUUCUGAAA